CAAAGAAUAAAAAACAACCAACAUUUAUCAGUUUAGAGAAUUCCAAAGGACAACUGGAACCGACAAAGUAAAAAUUAAUUGGAAACCCGGUAGAAAACAGACCCACCAUCAAAAAACUUCUCCGGUGACUGAAGCGUGGCCGCCAGUAAACCAUCAGGCCAGUCCGGUCGUCCCUAAACAGAUCAUUUAGUCGUUUGGGGAACAUUUCUCAUCUCCUCUGCAGCCACCGUCUCUCUCGCCACCGCCGGAGUGUCCUCCAUCCAAAAGGCAAACCAAAGCUCCCUUGCUAUAAUUUUCUCUCUUUGCCUCAAUCACAUUAUCCAUAAUCUUUCAUGGCGUCUUCUUCAUCUUCUUCUCGUCAAACGAAGCACCAAGUUUUCUUGAGCUUCAGGGGUGAAGACACGCGCCUUAACUUCACCAGUCAUCUACUCAAAGCUUUGAAAGACACGGGACUGAAUGUCUUCUUCGAUGAAGAAACAUUGGAAAGAGGGGAGCAAAUUUCACCAGCACUUUCAAAUGCAAUUAUGGCCUCAAAUCUCUCGAUCAUCAUUUUAUCUAAAGACUAUGCUUCUUCGAAAUCAUGCUUGGCUGAAAUUUCUUGCAUCAUGUACUGCAAGCUCACUCGACGACAAAUUGUUCUUCCCAUCUUUUACCAUGUUGAUCCUUCUGAUGUGCGGAACCUUGGUGGCAGUUUCAAAACAUCCUUUAAUGACCAUGAAUCAAAAAGUUUAGAUCAAGUACAACGAUGGAAAGAAGCCUUUGCUGACGUCGGUAAAUUAAAAGGGUGGCAUAUUGAAGGUGGCAAGUUCGACAGACCUGAAACCAAGUACAUCAAGGAUAUCGUUGAAUAUGUUGCAAAAAAGCUGAUGAAUAACAAAUCCAGUACUGCUUUUGAAGAAUUGGUUGGAAUAGAUUAUCAGAAAAAGACAAUCUUGAAGCUAAUUAAUCAAAACGAUUGUCGUGUAAUAGGGCUUUGGGGAAUGGCUGGUAUAGGCAAAACUACUCUUGCUAAUGUUGUAUAUCAUGAAAUCUGUUCAAAGUUUAAAAGUUGUUGGUUUCUUCAAAAUGUUGGAGAGAAAAUACGCAAACAAGGGAUGGAGUCUUUACGAAAUAACUUUCUUUCUAAAAUAUUAGACCAAGAAAUUGAUGUACUUACCCCCUCCAUAGGGUCCGCUUUUAUUCGAGAGAGGCUCAACAAUAAAAAAGUAAUUGUUGUUGUUGAUGAUGUUGAUGACCCAGACCUAAUAGAUUACUUGGGUGUUAAACAUUUUGGUGAUGGAAGUAAAAUCAUUCUAAUAUCUAGAGAUAGACAAGUUCUCAAGAAUGGAGGAGCUGAAAAAAUACACAAGGUAAAUGAGUUAAAUGAGAAAAGCUCUCUUCAACUCUUUUCUACAUUUGCAUUUAAGCAGUUGAAUCCUACUGCUAAUUUUCGAGAUCUAUCGAACCAAUUUGUAAGAUAUGCCCAAGGCAAUCCACUUGCUCUUAAGGUUUUGGGUUCUAAACUAUAUACGAAAUCUAGAAAAGAGUGGGAGAGCGAGGUGGAUAGACUAAAGGAAUAUGGCCAACCAAAAAUAUCACAAAUUUUAAAGAGUAGCUUUGAUGAGCUAGAUGAACUAGAGAAGAAUUUAUUUCUUGACAUAGCAUGUUUCUUCAAAGGGAAAUAUAAGAAAGAAGUAGAAGAUAUUCUAUGUUCCUUGUAUAAUGGUGCAGUGUGUGGAAUAAGCAAUUUGGUGGAUAAAUGCCUACUUGACACCAUCCAUUUUCAAGAUAUGCUUGAGGAAGAUCUCAGACUUCAAGAUCUCAGACGGUCUCGCUCAGCAUCAACAUGUCAAUCAGCAUUUGCAGGAAGACCUCUAAUUAUUUCUAUGCAUGAUAUUCUUGAAGAGAUGGGCAAGGAUAUUAUUCGCCAAGAAGCUACAGGCAUUGGAAAUUGCAGUAGACUAUGGAGUCCUAAUAAUGUGCAUCAAAUGCUGAGAUACAAUAAAGGAAAUGAAGCAAUUAAAGGAAUAAAGUUAGACAUGUCUCAAAUUGAUAAUUUAAAGUUAUCUCCUACUGUUUUUGAGAAUAUGCUAAAUCUUAGAUUUAUCCACUUUUAUCUUCCUCGAAAAUUUGGGGAAUGUUGGAAUAAAAAGCUACUUGCAGAUCAAGUUGAUAUUGUAUCUCUUCCUGAUGAGCUAAGGUAUCUUUGUUGGGAGUAUUACCCGUUCAAAUCUUUAUCCUCAAGUUUUAAUCCAAAAAAUCUUGUUGUAUUGAAAUUACCACAUGGUGAUAUGGAACAACUUUGGAAUGGAGAUAAUCAUCAGGAUCUUGUUAGUUUAAAGGAAAUUGACCUUUUUGAUUGCAAGAAUUUAAGAAAGAUUCCUAGUCUACUCGGGGCAAUCAACCUUAAAAGCCUUUGCUGUAUGGGGUGCGAAAGUUUGGUUGAACUUCCUUGCCUGACUCAUUUGGCUUCUCUUGAAAGUUUUGAUCUUGAUGGAUGUCAUAAUCUCAAGAAGAUUCCUGAGAUCCCAAGUCAUUUUCAUUACUUGGAUUUAGAAGGAACGAGAAUAGAGGAAGUGCCUGAUUCAAUUGAACAUCUCAUCUGGCUUAGACGAUUACGGUUGAGAAACUCAAGGUUGACGAUGAAUCAUUGCAAGAGCCUUAAAUUACUCUUAGAUCUUCCACCACAUUUAUGGCGCUUGGAUGCACGUGACUGCCCAUCAUUAGAAAAAGUAUCGUUCAUACAACAACACGGUUUUCUUGGUGAUCCUUAUAAGUUAUGCAUGAUGUUCUUCAAUUGCAUUAAUUUGAAUCAAGAUUCAAUUGAUAGCAUUGAGGCAAAUGCCAUGUUCAAAAUUGGAUCCAUAGCAGAGACAUGGGCAGGGCAAAAUAUUUUUCUUCCAUCAUUGGUUUGCUGUUUCCCGGGAACAGAAAUUUCAGCAAAUAAGUUCGAGUCCCAGAACGUGUAUUCUUCCUUAACAUUGAAGAUAGCACCAAAUGUGUGUGGUAAGAGAAGAUUCUUGGCUUUUGCUAUCUGCCUUGUGGCCGAUCUCACCCACUGUAGUGGUUUCGGAAAACUUGAACUUACCUGUGAAUACCAACUGACAGUCUCUAGUUGUAGUGAUGGUGUUGGUGGUUAUGAAAAGUUCAAAAGUGUGUUAUAUGACCGUGGGAGUUUAGAGUCAGAGUGGAACUGCAUGGGUGAUCACGUAUUGAUUCUAUUUCAAGAGGAUAUGGUUAAAGAAGACAAGAAUUAUGAAGAGGCAACAUUUGAAUUCUACAUCAGAAGUUAUAGCUACAAUGAAGAGGGUGAAAAAAUAUGUCUCCAUGAUUUCAAGGUAAAGAAAUGCGGUGUUCAUGUAUUUUACGUGGGUGCAAAGAGUUGUGCCAAUGGCAAUGUUGAAUCCAGUGAAAACUCCAACUUAAAUGAGAUGAGCAAUGAUGAAUCCGACGACAGUUUUUACUCUGCCGAAGAAGCUUUUUUUGAGGAAGCCAAUAGUGAUACACAAAAGAGGCUUUAUUUGUUAUGUUUUGUUAUUUUGAAUUUUAUGACUGUGAUCUGUAGAUUCCAUAAAACUUGCAAGAAAGUCAAGCGGGACACAGAUUCAAUACUCUACUGGAAUUGAAGUUGCAGAUUAUGGGUGGUUUGGAUGUCGUCUUUCUCACCAGCAAAUGAAGUUCCACAAAAUUACUGGUGUUAAGGUGAAGGUUGCGAAUCAAUGCAAAAUCCAUUUGAUCUCACUCACAUUUAUAGAGGUGCCCUUUUAGCCAGAGAUUAAGCUUUUACCUUUUGAAUUUGGUAAUUUGAAGGGAAUAAAGAUGGCAAUGAUUGAUGUUAGGAGAGCAGAUGAGGAAUAAAUGACAGAUGUUUGAAACAAAGUUUACCCAAUCCAGCUUUGCUUUCUGGAUUUUGGCCCUUGAGAGGAAGCAUAUGCUCGUGGAAUUUGGCAGAGUUGCUCUUAUCGCAAAACUCGUUGAAUGAAGACAUGGAGCCUGGAUGUUAUUUUCAAUGCAAACCCUAUCACAGUUUUCAUUCUCAAGUUAGAUUGAUGAGCUUUUAUGUUUAUCCCAUAGAGAAACCCAACAUAAACACUUGGGAAAAAAAUCCAAAUGAUUUUGGUUUAGUUGGAACUUCAAAGUGAAGAGUUGGUUUCAUGGUACACCCAUUUGACUUGAUUCUUCGUGGUGAAUUUACAGUCACUGUUUCAGAAGAAUGAUGUUAAGAGGGUGCUAGAAUUGCAGCGGUCGCAAAACGUGGUUGUGAUUCGAGCUAUUAUAUUGCGUCUGAAGCUUCGGACUAGAGCAUGACAGGUUCAUUUUGUAUCAAUUCAACCUCGGAUUCUUUGGGGGAUGUAUUCAAUUUGAUCGAUCAAUCCUUCAGGCAAAAGAUAUCGAUUUUUGUUAAUGUCUUGCUAAGGCAUAUCGGCCAAGGACGGGGUAGAUUGGAUUUUACGUUCAUGACAUGGUGGCUAUUGACAUUAUACAUUAUGUGGCAUUGUUGUUUUUUUGGUUUCAUGUGUUGCUUGUAAGCUGCAGCCGAUGUUUAAUCAAAUCUAUUCCAUUUGAUUGUGAACAUCAUUGGAUGAAACUUUUAUAAUUUUAAUUAGAUUGUAAAAUUAGGUAAUCUUAAAGUACAUUGCAAUUUUGUA